AUGGCUCGUACCAAAUACUGGGUUAUUAGAGCUCGCAGUGAAGUUAGGACGAUUGUCCAUCGCUGUCUUGUGUGCGUACGUGAUAAGGCUAAAACGGAAACUCAAUUGAUGGGCAAGCUUCCAACCCCUAGAGUGACACCCUCACGUCCUUUUUCUCAUACUGGAAUUGACUAUGCAGGUCCAUAUUUUGUUCGCUCUAGUUCGGGUCGCGGCAUAAAAUCGCACAAGGCUUGGAUCUCGAUUUUCGUUUGCUUUGCUGUAAAAGCAAUUCACUUAGAAUUAGUUCAUGAUUAUACUACAGCCUCGUUCAUUGCCGCAUUUAGACGUUUUGUUUUGCGACGCAGUAUUCCGACUGAUUUAUAUAGUGAUAAUGGCCCGAAUUUUCGCAGUGCUGAUCGAGAGCUUUCGCAAGCUUUCCGAAAGGUUCGAGAAGAUCCGAACUUGAUAUCUCAUUUAACAUCGGAUGGCACAACUUGGCAUUUUAUCCCUUCCAUCGCCCCACAUUUUGGAGGGCUAUGGGAGGCCGGCGUCAAAAGCGUUAAGCUUCACUUACGAAUAUUAUUGUCCAAUUCUACUCCAACGGUGGAGGAAUUUGAGACACUUUUGUGCCAAAUCGAGAGUUGUUUAAAUUCCUGGCCUCUUGUGCCUGCCAAUGAUGAUCCGGAAAGUUGCGAGGUGCUCACUCCUGGUCACUUUUUAAGUGGGACAGCGUUAACAGUUGUACCUACCGUUUCAGUUUUUGAUGUAUCUGAAAAUCUCUUGUCUCGCUGA